AGUUUCUGCUUGCUCAAAGUGUUAAGUUGCUAAACUGGUGUCUAAAAAUGAAGUCCGUAUUCGUGAUUGCACUUAUCUUGGCAGUAGCCAGCUGCCAUGGUGCGGAGAUUGCUGAGCCUCUGGCAGCUCAGGACCGCUCUUUCUCCAGCGUUAUUAUGGAAUUCGUUGACGAGGAUUUAAGGUCGUUCCUGCGAACCGGCGGAGGUGGAGUUCCCGUUCUGGCUCCCCUGACAGCCUCCCACAAGUCCCUCGACAUUAGCAGCGGAGAGUUCAAGAUCAGUGGCGAGGUGGAGGACUUUGUGCUGCAAGGUCUCGAUGGCUACGAAAUUAUAAUCAUGAACUUGGACGUGAUCAGAAGUCGGUUCACUUUUCACCUCAAAUUCCCCAGCGUCAACAUCACUACCCAGUACAAGGCUGAUGUGGGCAGCGGCUGGAGCAUCGAGCGAUCCGGUGGCGCCUUCGUUGCCCUCGAAAACCUAAACAUCGAGGGCCAGAUCAGCUACUCCCUGGGCGUCAUCUCCAACAACCUCAGGGUGAAGAAAAUCGUGGUCUACCCCUCGGUGGAAAACGUCAAGUCGGAGAUCGAGAACCUCUCCAAGUACCGCAUCCUGAACCGCAAGCUCAACGAAAUCGUCGAGGAGUUCGUUACCCUGACCAUCAACGACAACACCGACUAUGCCGCCAACUGGGUGGAUGAGCUCCUCACUCCCAUCUGUAACGACCUCAUCGGUGACCGUACCCUGAGUGAUAUCAUCGCCAUUAUUACGGGAAACUAACAGUCCCCAAUUAAUAAUUCAAAUUUACCCAAAGAUAUUGCCAAAAAUUCCAAUAAAGACAAAGAAAUUACCUAA